CAAAAGCAGCCGUUUAUAUCAUGGGUUGUUGCCUCGUUCCCACACAUUUUGCUCCUAAUUAACGUCCUGCUGGACAGCUGAGCUGUUUCAAACAGGAAGCUGUUUAUAGAUAACGCUUGCAAACGGUUGGGCCUGAUUUGCUGGAUGGUCGAAGAGCAGCAGUUGAGCCCACUUCAAAUUAAAACCUAUCGGACUUUUGUAAAUAGUAGCAAUGAGGUCCAUCUGUGGUGCAGUGCCCUUUCAGUCAGCAGUUCAGCUACAGCGCCUCUUCUCUCAGCAAAUCUAAGCCUUGCAUUCCUGUCUCUUCCAAGAUCUGGAUAUGCUCAACAUAUUGCAGAGGAAUCCUGCUCUGUUCAGAUUCUGGUUCCAGGCCUCAAAGGGGAAAAUGGAGAAAAGGGGGAAAAAGGUGCUCCAGGCCGUCCUGGGCGAGUUGGACCUCCAGGGGAAAAAGGAGAAGUGGGAGACAAAGGGCAGAAAGGUAGCAUGGGGCGACAUGGAAAAGUUGGUCCCUUAGGCUCAAAAGGACAAAAAGGAGAUAAUGGAGAUAUAGGUCCACCUGGUCCUAAUGGAGAUCCAGGUAUUCCUUGUGAAUGUGGCCAGCUACGAACAGCCAUUGGUAAAAUGGAUAAUCAAGUGACCCUGCUGACAACAGAGCUGAAGUUCAUUAAAAAAGCACUGCCCUCCCCCGCAGCUGUUGCUGGUGUGCGUGAGACAGAUAAUAAGACAUACCUGCUGGUGAAAGAACAGAAGCGGUAUGUGGAUGCCCAGCUCUACUGCCAAGGAAGAGGAGGGACACUGAGCAUGCCCAAGGAUGAAGCCACCAAUAAUCUCAUUGCUUCUUACAUCAAUCAAGCUGGCCUCAGCCGAGUUUUCAUUGGCAUUAAUGACCUUGAGAAGGAAGGCAGCUUUGUCUACUCUGACCGAUCCCCUAUGCAGACCUUCAACAAAUGGAGCACCGGUGAACCAAAUAAUGCUUAUGAUGAGGAGGACUGUGUAGAAAUGAUCACCUCUGGGGGCUGGAAUGAUGUGGCUUGUCACAUUACAAUGAAUUUUGUAUGUGAAUUUGACAAAGAAAAUGUUUAAUAAAGUUUCCCCCUGCCAGGCUCUCUAUAUGCAUUUCUUUGGGGAAAGUUCAAUAAUUUGGGCAGUCCCACUAUUAUUGUAAUCAGUACUCCAAUUUCUGGAUUGAUUUUAUAUGGAAGUUGGUUUCUUGUUUAUGAGAUCCUUUGUAUCAGAGUGUAAAACUAUCCCAAGGUAGUUUUAUCCUCAUCCAUCCUUUUAUUCACAUUUUUUUCAAGCAAUCCCACCUAUCAACACAUACAUAAUUAAAAAGUUUUGUUAAAAUUUUUCUUUCUUUUGUGCAGGUCUUGAGUAUGGACCUUUCCCUCUAUACUUGUGAGUAUAGUGGGGUACAGGUAAGAGAAAAGUAAUGUAGGAAAUAAACCUUAUUUAUUAGCUAUGGCUAUAGUUACCCACUAUGGAGAAGGGUGGUAUUAUUUCUCAUGUGUUUACUUCGUUCUUAUUUGGCAUUAGGUUUUGGUUUUGUUAUUAAUAAAACCAUUUAUGGUGUUUUAAUCUUAGAAAAACUCAUUUUUUCAGGAUGACUUAGAAGUAACUGUUUUGCCAUUUUACCUGCAGAAAACAUGAAACCACAAUAUGUCUACUGGUUUUGCCUCAAAAUAUUAUAUUUGUGUGUGUCAGUAUAUACACAUACAGGGAAUCACAUUGUUUAGCUUUCCAUGCAACAGGUAAAAGUGCGAAAUAUCUCUUGCAUAGCUGAAGAUAUGUGGCUGACUAGGUAGGUUCAUUCCUGUGCAAUACACAAAGAAGUGUCUAACAAUGUAAUAAACUGUUUUACAUAGCAAAGCUACUCAGAAAUCCACUAAUUUUUGAAAUGAAGAUUUUUAUCAUUUUAAUAGGACUUUGUAAAAAUGCUUCCCAGCUGAAUACCGUCUGUAAUCUGGAUAGAAGUUGGCACAUAGGAACAUAAAAAAAACUUUUAAGCCCAGCGUCGAGAAGUUAUUGAACAAUGGUAGUAAAAUGUAAAUAUCAGGAAAAGCAAUAAAAGAUUUUGGUUUGUAAACUAACCCUAACCCCAAUUACUCCUAAUGUGAUGGGUUAUAAUAUGUUUAGAAAUAUAUAUUAGUAUUGUACAGCUGUAAAUAUAAUCUAGGUAUUUCUAGGUAUUUCAAAUAUCAAUUCCCCUUAGAAGAGCAGUGAUGACACAAUUUGCAUUCCUGAAAUAAAUAUGGCCCACAUUCAGGCAAUGCUUAGCUAUUUGAAAUCACUGGACUUAAACUUAGUUCUGUCCAGAAACCUAUACCUUGAGCCAAAAACCUCACUUUCUUCACUUUUGAGAUGAAUAAAAGAUAUACAAUUCUUUUAGGAUAUUUAAAUAAUAUGUCUAUGAUUUCCAUGUUUACACAAAAAAAUUUACACAAGAAGUCAUGUUGAUGUGUUUCCAUAAAUACAUCUUCAGGAGAAUAGUAACUUCUGAAAUUUAGAACAUAGUUCAUUAUAUUCUCUAAUAUGUUUAAUAUUGAACAUUUAAAAUAUUUGCAGCUGUAGAUUUCCUGGACUGAAUUAAUUUAAGUGAACAGUCCAAGUAGCAUUCAAUACUUUAUAACUUGACAAUAGGAAAUUAAAAGAAACAAGAUUAUAGAAAGAAUAAACUGUUUUCUUGAUUUAGGGUAGCUGGCAUGCUUAUAUCUAUCUAUAUAUGGUUAAAGAAAUGAAUUUAAGAAGAUCUCUGUUUCUCCAUGUGGUUUUAUGAUGACCAGGCUUGGGUUGCGAAGUCUAAUGAGCAGCAGAUGGCAGCAAGGAUUUAAUGUUUUUAAAAUCUAUAUCUAGAUUUAUAUUAUAUAGUACAAUAGUUGUUGUAAUUUUUGUAAUCAAGGUCUGAUAAUAUAAAAAAUUCAAAUGGUUUUUCGUUAUUCCUGCCAUUGUAGGCAAGGAGAAGCUGAGUAUCACCCAUCCUGGUAUUAAACAACAAAAAUUUGAAUUAAUUUAUCUAAUGUUAACCAUUACUCCAUCUGAGACUAAGAUUAAUUACAACUAUAAAUUAACCCUUUGUGAAGUUCUGUAUCUGUAAUUAGGAUGACUGAGUUCUUAAUCCCAUGACAGAAGCACAUUCAACUGACUGUAAUGUGCUUCUACCUGGGUUACUAUUGAGGAGGUGCACAUGAAAUUACUGAAAUUAAAAUUAAAUUUAGCAUGUUCUUAUUUAAUCAGCACAAAUAAAUUCAUAUGAAGUCUGAGACAAAUCCCAGCUGUAAGAAAUUGAUAUUAAUUUAAUUGGCUUCUCACAGUUGCUAGUGUUGGAAGUAAACUGGGAUAGGUUUAUUAAUAUAAAUGAGCUAUAAAAUUAACUCCAGCAUGCAAACAAAAUCUAAAACUGAUUAGCUCUUUUUGCUUGACUUUUGGGGAAUCCAGAACUGUACAGCUUCCUUACCACAAACAGUAUCAGUGGCUUAUAGUUUCACAGCAGCACAAGGGAACAAGUCAGUUAAUGAUUUUUUUAGACCUUUGCAUGGAUAACAAAUUGCAUAUGCUUAUUUAAUAAACAUAAUAAAUAUGUUCAAUUUGAAUAUUUGCUGUGAUUGAUUAUAGUUCUGGUUUGGGUUCACUUUAUUAUGCCAUAUUAAACUUAUCUACAUUGACCUACAUUGUUAUGUAUUUCUAAGUAAGUCAUUGAAUCAGCCCUACUGAGCUGCAGAGUUCAUUAGAUAAACAAAACAUUUUCAGUUAGCAUGACUCUUCCUUACUUUCCUCUACCACUAUACCAAUGAGUCCUCUGACUGUUUCAGUGUGUUGUUAUAGGCUAUAGUAAAGAUGUUAGAUAAAGACUUGGGGACCCACAGAAGCAGAUUUGAUGAAUGGGUAGAUCUUUAGUUUUCAACUUAUUUCACAAAGUAAUUGUGAAAAGUGAAGUUCUAUGUACUAGUGCUAUUUAGUGCUUCAAAUUCACUUCCCUAAAAGUGCUUCUGGGGACAUGAACAUAAUUAAAGGAGUUAUAUUUUUCCCUGUAUCAUAUGACAGUUCUAGACAACAGGGUCCAAGAAAAAUCAAAUUUCAUUAAAGAAUUGUAGACAAGAUGCUCAAUUGGCACUUCCAUGUGCUCCAAGCUACUUUUUUGGAACUGAAUCUGGAAUACUUUAUGGCCCACCCAUGUACACCAUCUUGAGUUCAUAUAGAAGAAGAAAGAUAUAAAGGACCAAAACAUUAAAAAAAAAACAGUGGGAUACAGUGGGAUUUCAAAAAGUAUAAAAUUUAAAUGGCUAAAAUAUAUUUGCAUACCUAGCAUAAUAUACACAAACUGACAAGAGCUUCCAGUAGAUAAGAAACGUUCAAAUCCUUACAAUCAAUGAUUCUAAGACUGAACAUAUCUUUCGGAAAAACCUAUUGUUAGCAACUAGCACAUGCACAUUUAACAAUAAUUUUGUUUCUUGUAUGUUUGCUUUCAAAAUAAUUAAUAUCUUAUGUA